AUGUUAAAUCGAGAAACAGUCGAUUCUUUCAUACGAGAUUUGCAAUAUCCUACUCUUGGAAUUAUUCUCUAUUUACUACUUCCUUUACUUUCAGCUUCCACAAUAGCAUGUACAAGAAGAUAUAAAUGUUCAAUAUCAGAAAGAACAGACUACGACACUCACCUGCCGGAAUCUGUAGUUACGGAAGAAAUCUUUGUGCCUAUAGGAAAGUCAUCCAGAAACGCAGCACCUUUAAAAGGUGCAAUGACUGCGCACGAGGAUAAAAAAACAACUCAAACUUUAACCGGAACAUUGCAUGCACCAAAAUCUAGUAGCAUACGAUUUACCGAGGAGCGCCAUCGAUCGCGUACUAUUAAUAUUGUUAAUGAUUGA